AUGGUGCUGAAUUCAGAAGGCAUUAUGGGUGGUGUAGUACUGGAGAUAGAAGAUUACCGCAAGGAAUUAAAGUAUUACCCAUGUCUGCCAUGGGAUGAGAAAUACGAGUCGUUGCCAAGUUCUUUGUUUGAACAUAGACUUGUGGAAAAUUUAGCUACAUAUGAAUGA